UAGGAGAAGCGAGGACCGGACUAUAAAAUAAGGUUCGAUUCAGACUCGACACAUCAGUCACUUCUUCUCUCUCCUUAAGAGAAUUCAUCCCAAAAAAAAAAUAAAAUUCGCGCACUAUAAUCAAAAAUGAAAAUGAUCUUUGUCUUUGCCGCCAUCUUGGCACUUGCAGCAGCAGCGCCACAAGGCCAACGUCAACAGGACGUUGUUGUUGUCAAGGAAUUAUUACACAACAAUAUUGGACUUGAAGGCUAUCAAUAUAAUUACGAGCUUUCAGAUGGACAACAAAGAGAGGAAUCCGCAGAAUUAAGGAACGCUGGAACUGAGAAUGAAGCAAUUGUCGUGAGAGGAUUUUACUCCUGGGUUGAUGCUAAUGGACAACAACACAGAAUUGAUUACACCGCUGACGAAAAUGGCUUCCAUCCCGUUGGCUCAGAUAUUCCCGUUUAAAUACUCCCCCCCCCCCACUCCCUUGCCCCACCACCACCGAUUUUGUGAUUCCUAAUAAAAGAUCUUUUUUAUUUUCAUAAAAAAAACAAA